GCAGAGAGCCGCGCGAGAAGCGAGGAGGAGCGAAGGGGCCUAGAGAGCUCCGCGAAAACUGUGUGAGGCCGGCGGGCGGCGGAAGAGGGGUCCGAGGUGGACUGGCCCGAGAGGGAGCCACGUUCCCUGAACAGCCCGAAGAGGCCGCCUAGAGGGCGGACAGACAGACAGACGGCAGGGAGGGCCAGCAUGCCCCCAUUGCUGCACCCAGCCCUGCCGCUGCUCCUGGGCGCCACGCUGACCUUCCGGGCGCUUCGGCGCGCACUCUGUCGCUUGCCCCUGCCUGCGCACGUGCGCGCCGACCCCCUGCGCACCUGGCGCUGGCACAACCUGCUAGUCUCCUUCGCGCAUUCCAUUGUGUCAGGGAUCUGGGCGCUGCUGUGUGUAUGGCAAGCCCCUGAGAUGCUUGUGGAAAUUGAGACCGCAUGGUCGCUUUCUGGCUAUCUGCUCGUUUGCUUCUCCGCAGGGUAUUUCAUCCACGACACGGUGGACAUCGUGGUUAGUCGUCAAGCUCGAGCUUCUUGGGAAUACCUCGUCCAUCAUGUCAUGGCUAUGGCUGCCUUCUUUUCAGGCAUCUUUUGGCGCAGUUUUGUCGGUGGGGGUGUCCUAACACUGCUAGUGGAGGUCAGCAACAUUUUCCUCACCAUCCGCAUGAUGAUGAAGAUCAACAAUGCCCAGGAUCUCCUCCUCUACCGAGUCAACAAGUAUGUCAACUUGGUCAUGUACUUUCUCUUCCGCCUGGCCCCUCAAGCCUACCUCACCCAUUUCUUCCUGCGUUAUGUGGGCCAGAGGACCCUGGGCACCUUUCUGCUGGGUGUCCUGCUCAUGCUGGAUGUCAUGAUCCUCAUCUACUUUUCCCGCCUCCUCCGCUCAGACUUCUGCCCUGAGCGUGUCCCCCGCUGCCGGCAACACAAAGACAAGUUCUUGACUGAGUGAGAGGCACAGAGCCUGGGACUCACAGCAAGGACAGCAAACACAACCAGGAACAGCCUCACAGAACUAGAGGAGACUUUGCCCCAGGUCUGGGGCAUCCUCUGGGGUUACCCUCUCCAGGUUUUGAGCUUGCAUCCACUAUUGAAAACACCAAUGAAAGCACUCCUCUCAAGUCCUUGUCCUUUCUUGGGCAAGGGGUGAGGGAAGCAGACCGACCGGUUGGACAUGGUAGAUGGGUGUGGGGACAAGGUGCCAACCACACUGACUUGAAAUGAAUGCUAAUGAAAACUCUGGGUGUUUUGUUUCAUACAAAGCCUCUUCCAGGGAUAGAGGAAGGGGCUCUUUUUUUUCUUUGUGAGGGAGAUCAGCCCUGAGCUAACAUCCAUGCUAAUCCUCUUUUUUGCUGAGGAAAACUGGCUCUGAGCUAACAUCUAUUGCCAAUCCUCAUUUUUU